CUCCUUUCCUAGCAUUGAAUGGGACAUUUGUAUUUGUUGUUGUGUGAAAGAAGGCGGGUUCAAGAAACGGCUGACAGCAUGUUCGAGUGAUUCAAUCAAGUGUAGGUGGCUAUACAAAUCGGAACCCCCCGGUUAUCUAGUCUGUUUUCUAGGGGGGUGCCAUCUGGGAGGGCGUAAAGAAAGUGUUUAAAUAAAUUAACAGUAUCUUGUUUAUUAAAAGGAAAAUAGGACUAAGGGAAAGAACAGAGGAAAUACGAGAGAUAGAGGAAAAGCAAGGAAACUACCUUACGUGAUGGAACACAGAAAGAAGAGUGGCUCUGCUUUGUACGUGGCCAGUAAGAGAAAGUCUUCAAAGCCAAAGCAAAAAGGCAAGGCACACGCAACCUCUAAGGAUCUGGAAAAGGAAGAUAAAUCAGCUCAAGACAAACAGUCCACGGGUGGGGAUUCAGAACCGCAGAAGGUACAGAAGAUAAAGAUAACUCUAGGAGGAAAGAAGGCUCAGGAGUUUCAGAGUAACUUUGUUCCAGAGGAAGCCCCUGUUGACUCAGGGAGUGACUGCUCCAGUUCCUCUUCAGAAGACAGAGUCAGUGGUGCCGAUGGCGAUCCAGGAACCUUCAGGAAACCUGCUUGCUGGCUAGAAACAAAGGGGGACAAAAACAACACAGAUGAAGUCAAGGAGAAGGCUGAGUUAAGCUCCACAGGAUCUUCAACUAGGAAAAGAAGAAAAACUGAAGCACAAGAAAAUGAGAACUCCACAAAGCAAAUCAAAUCUAUAGGAAAUAAGCGAAAGACUCUAAAUGCAGCUGAGCGGCAAGACUUGAAAUCUAAAGGUCUGUGUGUGAAGAAAGAUCCUCCUCCUUAUCAAACAGGAAGUCAAGAGGAGAGAUGGCACCUGCAGAUUCUCGAUAAAGGAAGGGUAUCCUGCCCUACAUGUAAAGCAGUUGUAAGGAAAACAGUGGAAGGACUGAAAAAACACAUGGCAAAGUGCAAAAUGGAUCCUUUUACAUGUCAGCAUUGUGGAAAACAGCUAAAGUCUUUGACUGGAAUGAAGUACCAUAUUAUGGCAGAUCACAAUGACUUGCCAACUUUAGAAGAUGCAAACGGGUUGGACAACCAGGCAAUUAAAGACAAACUCAGAAAGGUGCUGAAAAGAAUGGGCAAAUUAAAAUGUACAAACGAGAGUUGUACAGCUAGCUUCACCAGUAUCAUGGGCUUCCUGUACCACAUGAAGAAAUGUGGUAAAGAAGCAUCAGAGCUAGAGAAACUGAUCCUGAACUGUCAGCACUGUGGAAAAACCUACAAGUCUAAGGCAGGAUUGGAUUAUCAUCUGAAAUCAGAGCACACCCCUGAGCCACUGAGCAGCGAGGAGGAUGAUUUGAAGAAGCCAGGGGAGACGACUCAGGAGAAGACGGCCAGCGGCAGAGUGAAGAGAAGGUCGGCCCAGGUGGCUGGGUACCACCUGCAGGAGAUUGCCACUGAGGAGCUGUCCAAGGAGUGGCCCAAGCGGAAGGUGCAGCAGGACCUGGUGCCUGAUGAGAGGAAGCUAAAGUAUGCAAGACCUGGGUUACCCGCUUUCAGUCAAGAAGUGCUGCGGAAAUGGAAAAGUGAAGUCAAGAUCCACAGGAAAGUGCAUUGCCCAAAUCAGGGUUGUGACUCUGUCUACACCAGUGUAUCUGGGUUGAAGGCUCACCUUUGCCUUUGUUCUAGGGGUGAUUUUGAAGCUGGGAAAUACAAAUGCCUGAUAUGUGAUAAAGAAUUCAACUCGGAGAGUGGAGUGAAGUACCAUAUCAACUCUAUUCAUGCUCAAGACUGGUUUGUCGUGAGCGCUAAAACGGCAAAAAGCUUUGAAAGGCUAAUAAAGACCAAACAGAUGGAGGAUCACAGGAAGAGCUCUCCAAAGAAAAAACAGGCACUGAAGCCAACCAGGAUUCGCAAAAGGCAGUUGGAAAAGAAGGCAGUCAUGAGCUCCUCUAUUAGCUUGAAUAAGCGUCAUAGCAAUUCAGAGAAAAAAAAAGACUGCUAUGAUUUCAGUGGCAGCGACAGCCGGAGCAGCAGUGGCAGCAAUGCUGAAGAAGAGGAAAAGUAGACCAACAGGCGUGACAUGUGGACCCUCAAGUCUGAAUCUGGCCACCAACCGAAACUAAACUCUUAGGUAUUUUGUUCCUUAGCAACGGUUUCUCACAUGACCAUGGUGAAGUCAAACCCAUAAAUUAUGAUGAUCUGUAAAUCCGGCCACUGAUCCAGUUGCGUAAUUUACUGGUUUAAACAAAGUCUAAAAAGAAAAAAAGAUUGUUUUGAUGAAAAAAAGUAUACACUCAGUAACAUCUUAUAUAAACUAUGUCAGGUCUAACACAAGAACCUACAGAACAAUUGAUAUGUUGUCCCUAUCUAUUAUUAUUUUAAUGCUGACUUUACUUUUUCAUGAAACUAACACAUGGUUCCCUAUCAAGUACGAAAUGUAACCAUUACCAUAUGGGUAUUUACCUCGUGAAGACCCCGAACCUGAAUAAAAUUAUACCAAAGCUGCGCUACAGCGUCUGUGACGCAGUCAUGCCCGGCCCUGAGGGCAUAAGAAGACUGCAUGCACAGAUGCCAGCAUUAUUUUUCCUUUCACAGGACUGAACCUAUAUGAGACAGCCAUAGACAUAUGAGUACUUAUUACUUUUUAUCUGCUUCUCUAUCUCGCAAAUUGUGUAAUAGGCUAAUUUAUGUGAUAAUUAUUUGCGUUGUUUUAGUUUUCUAGUUACACAUAAUUUUGUGCACGUGGCCUGUUGGUUGUCCCGUCCCGCAGCGACCUUGUGCCCCGCGUGAAGCCGGCGGCUAUUGUCGUCCCUUCCUGGGGAUCAAACAAAUUAUUAUUUGAAUUCUAAUAUUGUUAUUACUGUUUUCUGUGAGUGUUUUUCUCUUGUGUCUUUUCUCUUUUUUUUCCAGAAACAUGAAUACAGCUGCUGGGCUCAGUCAUGUAUUCAUUCAGACUGUUUGGGUUUUCCAGAAGCUAUAUAGGUGGGCAUCCCUAUAUACUGCUUCUUGCAGUUACGUGAACCGUGUGAGCCUGUAGGCCACCGACCCACUCCGUUCCCAACCCGGCACCCGCCAAACAGGGAACGAGGUCACCGCACAUGUAUAGUAACGAGGGUACCAUACCAACCCGGUGCAAGUCACCGCACUGUACUGUACUGCGGUCACCAUACCGAGAGUACCGCACAGAGUGCACCGUACCGACCCGGUGCAAGGCACCGCACAUGUACUGUACCGAGGGUACAGUACCAAGGCGAAGGACCAGUCCUGCUCGGUUACAUCUCGGUGCAAAGACACACACCCAGUUUUUUACACUGCGUUGCUGUUUGGAUUGUGCCGGGGUUUUAUUCUUGUGACAUGUGCAAGGCGUGUCUCCCAGUGGAGGAUAAACACGGCAGAUGCUCUUCUUGUCUGGAGCCAGAGCAUGCAAAACAGGCACUUGGCACAGAGCUGCGACUGCAGCUUCUGCGAGUUUUGUGAGAGUUUUUCAAAACACACUCUGGGGAAACGGGUGUCUUGCAGUUCUGCAGACGCCAUGUCCAUUACAUUUGGGCAUGGAUCUCCCCCAUCGUCGGUUAAAGACGUGGCUGUGUCCUCUCCAGAUGGGUCUGUGCCAAGGGAGAGCAGAAGGAUUGCCCAGGGGGAAGGACCCACGUAAGAAGCCGUCGUUGAGGUCUUCAUCAUGCUCUGCCUCUCCUUCUCCUUCUCCAAGGAAGAGGAAGAGAAAGAGUCACCGGUCUAAAAGAUCAGCGGACUCCAAACAAAUGGAGAAACUCUGGGCAGCUGUUUCCCAUCAGGGCACAGUGCUUGCUGAGCUGUUGCGGCAGCGCACUGUUCCGCCUGCCCCCCUCUGUACACUGGGAACAACACAGGGCUUUAAGCAUGGACUGGCGGCAAGAGGAUCUGCUAUCCAUUAUAGCAAAAAAUAGAGAAUAUAGUAAAUAAUUACAUGUAAGAGUGGGUUUGACAAAAAGCAGGCCAGGCGACUGGUUCACCAUGGUGGACCUAAAGGAUGUGUAUUUUCACAUCCCCAUAAGUCCAGGGCACUGGUGGUACCUGCAGUUUGCUUUCCAAGGAACAGUGCACGAGUUCUGUGUACUGCCAUUUGGCCUUUCUCUAGAUCCCUGUCCCUUUUCGAAGUGCGUGGAAGCUGUUCUGGCCCCAUUGAGGCAUCAGAGUGCUCAAUUACCUGGACGACUGGCUCGUUUGUGCCCAGUCUCCAGUGUAGGCAGAAGCCCACACAGAACUCAUCACCGGCCACCUUCAGCGGUUGGGCCUGUCCGUUAAUCGUGCAGAGACAACUCACACCUUCGCAGACAGCCUCCUAUCUGGGAGUGCGCUUGGACUCCAGGUGCAAGCUGUACACUCUGUCAGAUGACAGGGUGCAGAGAAUAGCCGCCUGUCUGGAGCUUUUUCAGCUCAACAGAGCGCUUACAGUAGUGACAUUCCAGAGACUUCUGGCCUUGUUGGCAGCAGCUUCUCAGACCUUUCCUUUGGGUCCCCGGCACAUGCACCCUCUCCAAGUCUGGUUCAACAGCAGGGUUUUUCAGCCCGCGUUGAACAGUGGCCGCCUAGUGACAGUGUCUCACCAUUGUCGCAAGACGUAGCGCUUAGGUGUAACGCUGGGCAGCAUCACCAGAAGGGAGGUAAUCACCACGGACGCAUAGAGCCUUGGCUGGGGCACUGUGUGGAAUGGCAUGGGGGAAAGGGGGGUGUGGAAACCCCCUUGGCAGGGUCUCCAUGUAAAUAUUUUGGAGCUGUAGGCAGUUUUUCUGGCAAGAGAUUCAGGGGAGACAUGUGCUUGUCCGGAGGGACAACACUACUGUGGUGGCUUAUAUAAACCACCAGGGCAGCCUCAGGUUCCCCAGUCUCCAAUAUGUGGCCCGCAAGCUUUUGCUGUGGGCACACGAUCACCUCCUCUCACUGCGGGGUUAGAAAACUGGGUGGCGGACAUCCUAUUAAGGGGAGCUCCCAGGGCUUCAGAAUGGAGGCUUCACCCUGAGGUGAUGAGACUAAUUUGGGAGAAGUUCGGGAGAGCAGAGAUAGAUGUCUUUGACUCCCAGGAAUCGACCCACUGUCCCCUUUGGCUCUCCGUAACAGGAGCCGGGGCCCCACUGACGAUAGGUGCCUUGGCACACCAGAGGCCGAGGCAACUGUUAUAUGACUUCCCACCGCUUGCCAUGCUCCCGCUAUGUCUGGAGAAAAUCAGGCAGGACCUGGCCAGUGAUAUUAGUAGCCCCUUACUGGCCCAGGAGACUCUGGUUUUCAGCUCUGGUACAGCUCCUGAGCAGCCAGCCGUGGAGCUUGCCACAACACUGUGAACUGCUCAGUCAGGCGCAGGGGACAUUGUGGCAUCCAGAUCCGCCAUCCUGAACGGCUGCAUUUGGGCCGUCUGGUGUUUUCUAAUAGGGUCAUUGACACCUGGCAAAAUGCCUGAGCAGCAUCCACGCGUUCCCACUACGGGUACAAGUGGGGCAUCUUUCAGACGUGGUGCCUGCCUUGGGGUUUUGACUCCACAGCCUGUCCCAUGGCAGUUAUACUGAAAUUUUUUUCAGGUCCUGUUUGAUGAGGGGAAGUCCCCCUCUACAUUAAAGGUCUAUCUGGCAGCUAUUUCAGCUUGCCAUGUCAAAAUUGAUUCAGUCUCCCCAGCAGCUCACUUCCUGGCGGGACAAUUUUUGAAAGGAGUUUGGCGGCUUCGGCUGCUUAUGAAGGAUAUUGUUGCUUGAAGCCUCCAUUUGAGCUGAGCUGAAAUUCUUAUCGUUCAAAGUGGCUUUCUUGCUUGCAAUCACAUCGGCUAAGCGGGUGAGUGAGAGGCAAGCAUUUUCAAUUGCGAAAGCCUUCUUAAUUUUUGCAAAUGCCAGGACAAACGUUAUCCGGCUUUUUUGCCGAAAACUCGGCAUUCCACAUCAACCAGUCUGUGGAAUUAGAGGCUUUCCAUCCACCUCCUUUCCAGUCUGACAGAGAGUGACAGCUCCAUAUGCUGUGCCCUGUGCGGCCACUAGCUUAUUAUGUGGACAGAACACAGAGUUGGAGGCAGUCUGAACAGUGUUUUGUCUUUUAUAGGGCGAAGUCACAUGAUAAAGCUCUGUAUAAGCAGAGGCGAUUUAAAUGGAUAACAGACACAGUCAGGACUGCCUAUGAGCGAGCAGUGCUUUGAAGUGCGAGAGUGUCGUCGGUUGUUCAUUCUGCUUACUCUGAAAUUACAUUUUUCAAAAUGAUGUAUGCUUCAUGCCAAUCUAAUACAUUUUCUGAUAACCAGAAAAAAAGGGGAAUUGAAUCCCCUUUUCUAGCUCUAGAAUGCUUUUAUCUUUUUUUCUGAUACUGCACCAUGUAAAAUGUGAGAAAUGUAUUGUACCUGCAUACAGUAUCUUACAGUGUGACAGGAAUGCAUAAACUAUGUUGUAUGCCUGUAAGAUGCAGCUUGCCUGAUUACACUUUCAUCAUACAGUACAUAAAGUAUACAAGACGAAGAAGAUAAAACACAUCAUUUUAAUUAAACACAGAAUAUAUGUACUACUUUGUUUAAAAGCAUGCAAAACUUACUAUAUUUAGUUAGACAGCUUAAAGGGUACGUAAGGACCUUUUUAUUUUAUUGUGUUACAUGUACCCAUGUGUUGCUACAACUGUUUACGUAAGGUGUGUGUAUUGUUUUAAUUAUUUUUUUGACUGCUUUUUUUAAACUUUUAAAUUGCAUUCCCUGCCUCAGAUGACUUCACAUGUACCCGCAUGGAUCUCUCAGAACUACAUUUCCCAUCAUCCUUCCCAAAACACUUGUCGUAACUACAGUCACUCUUUACUACUACUUGAGUUCACGAGUGAUCUAGCGUAAUCUUGACAUGUUAGUGGAGGCUGUAAUACACUGUGGGACCCUAAAGACAGAACUUAGCAAGGGCUGCUUGUUGCUCUGAAUCAUCAGUAAUAACGCAGACGCCCUCGUAGUCGGCUCAUUGCAAUAAACGUUCAUAUUUUACAGAAUUAUAUAUCCUUGUUUAUUUUUUACUCCAUUAAUUUAAUAUUUCUGCCUCAUCUUGGUUAAAUAUAUUUCGCUUUUGCCUGCAUUUUCAACCAGCGGCGCAUUUUUCAUUUGAUUUACAAGACAACUAUCAUUUAUAUAUAGGCUACAACAUGAAUUAGUUUCAAAUGUGUUUUCCAACAAAGCCCUGAAGACGCUAUUCAAAGCCUAACGCUGCACGUGAACAUCACGCACAAGCUACACUUUCACGUGGGGUUUUGGGAAACGCACGUAGAGAGGCUGGAAGCAGCCACACGUUCAUCGUGACAAUGAUCAUGAGCUCCAAGUACUUCUGUUAUUGGGAAACGAGCCCCUGUUUUGUCACUAUUCUAGUAGUACUGAUAGCACAGUACCAGUAAUAUCUAUGGUAGUACUUAUAGCACAGUACCAGUAAUAUCUAUGGCAGUACUUAUAGCACAGUACCAGUAAUAUCUAUGGCAGUACUUAUAGCACAGUACCAGUAAUAUCUAUGGUAGCCUUAACGUCUACUGCAGUUGUCUUCUGUUUGGUCUCAGGAUUUGAUCCUAAAUUUUGUUUGUCAGCUUCCUAUGCCAAUCUUGAACUGGUUCAUUUCGGUCCUAAAAUGUUACACAUAGAAAUUGUUCAUGCAGUACGUCUUUUACAAAAAGGUUGUAAUGUUAUUACGUUUAAACAGUAUUAACUGCUAAUUGCAUUAAAAGUCUGAAUAUUGAUACUUGGCAAGUGAUUAUGCCUAGGACCAAAGGAAUGUAAUUUUGUGCAUUUUGCUUCCAUUUUACUUUAAGUUUUUGAAAUAAAAAACAAAUGCUGUAAUAAA